AUGGCGAACGAGCUGAGACAGAGGCAUACCACACAGCCUGAGAAGACAGAGACUGUGGCAGAAGCAGGACAUCCUGGUGGAGAGAUUAAGCAUGGAGGAGCCGUGCAGAUUCUGCGACUGUUGCUGGUUGUAGUAUUCUUCCUCUCAAGUUGUACCACUAUUUGCAUCACGCAGUUUAUCGGCGCGCCUCUCUACUGGAUUGAUCGAGACCUCUACUAUGCCUAUAUGGCCCUCACGAAACAAUCUUUUGGCAUCUUCGUAACCACUUUGACGCAUUUGUGGGCUCCGACGAUCAUCAAAGUAAGCGGGGACUCGUCUGUGAUGGGAGAGUUGCGGAGAACAGAGGAUGGCGGAGUCGAAUGCAAGUUCCCGGAGAGGAUGGUUAUGAUUGCAAAUCAUCAGUUAUACAGUGAUUGGAUAUAUCUCUGGUGGAUCGCAUACACAAACAGACCCCAGAUGCAUGGGCAUAUCUACAUCAUUCUGAAGGAGUCAUUGAAGCAUAUUCCUAUUAUUGGAUGGGGUAUGAGAUUCUACGGAUUCGUGUUCAUGUCGAGGAAGAUGUCGACAGAUCAACCUCGACUGGCACAUCGAUUGAAGCAGUUGAAGACGAGGCAUGCUGGGCCGCUGUCAGGAAGCUCUGGACUUGAUCCUAUGUGGCUUUUGCUUUUCCCAGAAGGAACGAAUGCUAGCAACAAUGGAAGAGCCAAGAGUGCUUCGUGGGCUGAGAAAAUCGGAGUUAAGGAUAUGGAGCAUGUGCUUCUUCCCCGGAGUACUGGAAUGUUCUUCUGUUUGAAUGAGCUCAAGGGGACAGUUGACUAUGUCUACGAUUGUACCUUGGCAUACGAGGGUGUACCUCGAGGAGAAUAUGGCCAAGAUCUAUUCACAUUAAGGUCGAUGUAUCUCCAGGGACGACCUCCACCAUCUGUCAGCAUGUAUUGGCGACGAUUUGCAGUAGCCGACAUGCCACUAGACGAUCAUGACAAAUUCGAGUUGUGGUUGAGAGAACGUUGGUACGAGAAAGAUUCCUACAUGGAGCAAUACCUCACAACAGGUAGCUUCCCGUCAACGACAGCUGCCAUCAACGGCGUUAAAUCGACCGAGAACCAGGAAUUCAUCGAAACAGAAGUCAAGCUGGCCAAGUGGUGGGAAGUAGGCAACAUCUUCAUCGUAUUGGCAACCUGUGCUUUGCUUGCGAAUAUUCUGGCGAGAGUGUGGAAUGCGGUUUGGUAUGGGAGGCAGGCUUGA